AUGGUCCCUUCUUCUGUGUCCAAACACAACUACUGCGAGAGCUUUGAUCUGUCGCACCGCACAGUGAAGGACAACGUGGAGCGAGUGGACACCCAGCGUCUCAGUCCCGAGGAGUUCAUUCAGCGUUUUGAGAAACCGUAUAAACCCGUGGUUCUACUGAACUGUCAAGACCCGUGGCCCGCCCGGGAAAAGUGGACCCUGGAGCGACUCAAGCGCAAAUACCGCAACCAGAAGUUCAAAUGCGGCGAGGACAAUGAUGGCUUCUCUGUCAAGAUGAAAAUGAAGUACUACAUGGAGUAUUUGGAGUCGACGCAUGACGACAGCCCGCUCUACAUUUUUGAUAGCAGUUUCGGCGAACAUGCCAAGCGCCGCAAGCUUCUGGAGGACUACCAGGUGCCGGUUUUCUUUAGGGACGACCUCUUUCAGUUCGCGGGGGAGAAGAGGCGUCCUCCGUACAGGUGGUUUGUGAUGGGUCCUGCCCGCUCUGGAACAGGCAUCCACAUUGACCCUCUCGGUACGAGUGCGUGGAACGCUCUGGUGCAGGGCCACAAACGCUGGUGCCUGUUCCCCACCCACACGCCCCGUGAGCUCAUCAAGGUGACGCGAGAGGACGGGGGGAACCAGCAGGACGAGGCCAUCACCUGGUUCAGCGUCAUCUACCCCCGCACACAGCAGCCCGCCUGGCCAGCCGAGUUCAGACCGCUGGAGAUCCUUCAGCAUCCCGGAGAGACUGUGUUUGUGCCCGGUGGAUGGUGGCAUGUUGUCCUCAAUCUGGACACUGCGAUUGCUGUGACCCAGAAUUUUGCGAGCACCACUAACUUCCCCAUCGUGUGGCACAAGACUGUGCGAGGUCGCCCCAAACUCUCCAGAAAGUGGUACCGGAUCCUGAAACAGGAGAGGCCUGAUAUUGCUGCUCUGGCAGAUAAAGUGGACCUGCAGGAAUCAACAGGCAUUGCCUCGGACAGCUCCAGUGACUCGUCAUCCUCUUCCUCCUCCAGCUCCUCCGACUCUGGUUCAGAGGCUGACUCGGGCUCUGAGGGCGACGCCAUGACCCAUCGCAGAAAGAAGAGGAGAACCUGUGGCAUGAUGGGGAACGGUGACAUCACAAGCCAGGACGACUGCGUGAGCAAAGAGCGCAGUUCGUCUCGGUGAUGUCCCGCUCGACAACAGAGGGGCUGCAGCCAUAAUCGUCUCCUAGACCAUGAAACGUCGCGCUCUCUCUGUCUGUCGCCCUCAGGAGACUCCUGUCCAGUAGAUAAGAGGUUGCCUCUGCGUCACUUCUGGGCACAAGAUAACAAACUCAGCCCUAGUGUGCUUUUAGAGAUAAACACGAACAAAAUACCCAAAUAUGUGCUUGCUGGAGGAGCAUUGCAUGAAUGAGUCAACAGCUGUGUGUGGGAAGAGAGGGGACACCCUUCUUGUGUUGCCUUUGCUGAUGUCCGGCUCUGGACAGGAAGCUUGAUGUCUCCUUCUGUCCCAGUGCCAACGUGGUUGAUCUGCGUUUUGAUUCAGAACAGAUGCCGUUUUUGUAUUUCACAGGGGUUAUGUGCAGAUUUGUGAGAGCUGUAUUAUGACCCAUCUUAGGGUAAUAUGGUUGACCUGAUGUGUAAUGCUGCCUUUAGCUCUUUGAUUCUAGAAAAUAGAUUAUUUUAUUACUGAUUCUACUUCAUUCUUGAGCUGCACUUAAACAUGGGUUUCUUGUCUUUUGGUUAAACUAGCCCAUAGUACUUAAAACUGUUAAACCGCAGUGAUUUGUGGUCCCUUUUCUCACUCUUCUAGAUAAGAAUUUUGAUUCAAAAUGUCUCAAACUUUCGAUUAGAAGCCCUUUAUGAAGCGUGAUAUAUGUAAAUAGAGUUCAUUUGUGAAAACAGAACUCUUUUUUUUAAAAAUUCAGAAAAUCACGUUUUUCCAUUGUGCAUUCCAGUUAAUCUCAAUCAAACUACAGUUGGGUUAUUUUGAUUAGGUAAAAAAAAGAAUACAGCUAACUAACACAAUAGAAAUAUGAUAACGUAAUAAAAAACAUGAUUUUUGUCAAUUUAAAAAAUGGGAUGUUUUUGCAAAUAAACUCUUCAUAUAUAUAUCUAUCAUUUGCGCGAAUUAAGAAUUUAAUAUUUCCCUUGUUUGCCUUGUCUGAUUCGUUCCCUCAUUUUAGUAAAUUGUGGCUGACGUCGUAUUAAUUUGUUCCCUUGUUUCAAUUUUGAACAAAAAAAACGGGCUUGAAAUUACUAAAAUUAGGGAACAAAUUAAAAAUUUGUGUAAACGGUAAAUAUUUAGUCGGUAUCUCAUGUGCGAAGCUUUCUAACUAAAUAACAUUGUAGUGGAGGCAAAAGUUUGAACGCACCUUUUCUUAAGUUGGAACUACUGUGAAUGCGCGAAAUGUGCAAACCGAUUGAACUCGACUUUUAUUUUCUUCUUUCGUCUAUUAGCAGUGAAUUCAAUGGUUAAUUUAGCUCAACUAAUUGAAAUACGAGGUGUUUUUCUUUUAUAACCCCUCUGCGUAAGUGAAACACUAGGAGGCGCUUAUUUAUUAUACAGUGCGCUAUGAGCCACGCAAAAGAGGGGGGAAAUCUUGCAAUCAUAAUUCAUGAAAAUCCUUUGAAUUUCCUGUUCACAGUGGAAAACGUGACUAGCCUAUAAUGUCUUAAAAUGUUUUUGUAUGUUUUCAAUUCUUUUUUAACGGAAGGAAAUAGCGUAACUCCAAAAAUGGUGACCUGUCAUGACCUAGAUGUUUCAGGGCUACAGUACUCUGUUGGGAUGGUGUGAGGUGAUUAAUGAUCGAAGUGAGUGUUGUUGAGGGGGUUGUGUCAGUGCUUUCUUUGUGUACGAGUCAAGGAGAACGAUGUGGUUACAAAGUGCCUAUUUUACCUGAUAUUGGUCAUUCAGGUUGCUCAUAUUUCAUGUCAUAUCUCAGAGCUGUGGUUUUGAAUUAAAAAUACUAGUGUUUUAAUGAAUGGCCUGUGCUCUUAGAUGAAGCCUUCCACUCUUGUCGCUCCAGAUCUUCAGCGUUUUCUCCAGGGCAUGUUCUUCAGCUCCUCAUGUUCCAUGUUCAGCACUGGCUCGGUCAUGUGACACUUUGAUGUUACUCAGAUCAAAACAAACUGAAUAAUGAGAAUUGUUUAAUAAAGGUUUCUAUGUAUUUA